GUGUUGUGGUUGAUGCACUUAACACGACCAUCUGUGCAUGCUGGCUGAAGGAGAGAGAAGGAAGAACCAGCUCCCAUCUCUAAACCGUCUUAUCUACACCACCUUAGCUUCAGUAGCCACCUCACCAACAGGUAUAGGUAUCUUUGCUGCACUGUUUGAUCCAACAUUUGUGGAGAAGGUAUAAAAUGACUGAAGAAAUACAUGGGAAUCAGCACAUGGAGACUGGACUGACACAAAAGUCGAUGCUGGAGGAUUCUAAAUAACUUUGCCUUUAAGACUGUCGUACUUCUGGAUUUACAAUUUUCUUUCCUGGCCUAAUUUUUCUUCAAAAGAAAAGCGUUUUUCUUGAAUCACUUUGAAUGCAACAAUGGGCUGUUCUCCAUCCAAAGGAAAGUUAUUUUUAAAGCCAGAAGCAUCUCCAAAAGCUUCUCUGGGUGAAGCACCACAGGAUGGUGCUAAUUAUAGACCUGUAGAAGUUGAAAAUACAUGUUUGGAAACCGAAGCAAUAGAAAAUGAACUUCCGCUACCUAAUGAAGAAUUUCAUACCAACGAGACUGACUUAUUUCCACUGGCCUCAGAUGCAAAGAGUGCACCUAAUCUGGAGGAAAUUAAAGAAACAGAAGUAAACAUGAUGCCCCAAGAAAUGAUCACUCAUUCUGAACAAACAAAGGUGAUUAAAAAAACGGCAAAACGAAAGAAAAGUAAAUGCAAGAAAAGAUCUACUGAGAAUCACAGGAAGUCCUACAAUAUCCAGACAAAGGUAGACUUCCCACCUCACAUGGUGAGGGCUCAUCAGGCAGCCUAUAACUUUCUGAACCCAAACAUUUCCAAAUAUGAAACUCUUUUGGGUCUGCUAGACCAGGCCGCCCAGACACAGUCGUCCCUCCAGCCCAUGAUGUCUGCUUUAGUGUUGCGCUUUGAAGAGAUCAACCAAGCACUAGAGGAGAUGGCUGAUGAGGGGGAGCUGAUGUUGAAGGAACAUGGUGACUGUAUGACCUUACCUUCAGGGAUGAUGUGUUCAGCUAACCCUAGAACUGGCACAACAUGUCAGACUGAUCCACCUCCAGAUCUUUUACAGCAACUGCUCCAACAGUCAAGUGAAAAGAUGAAGCUGAUGGGAGGCUCAGUACAGGCACUAGGUGACACCACACUUGAGGAAGCAGCAGAAUAUUUUUCUUCUUUCUAUAAAGUGCUGAUUCAGAAGCUGCAGACCAAGCAGGCAGCAGAGAGGAGACUAGCUCAAGUGCUUGCACAAAUAGAAGGGGCUGCUAUGAUUAAGUCCAACCCAGAAGAUUCAACACUGCAUAGUGAGGACAGUGGUAUCGGGGGAGAAAAUGAGAGCCUAACGGGUUCUGAAAGGCAUCGGAGGCAUCGUGGAAGUGCUGGAUCUGGAAGUUGUGGGUCUGGAGUCAACAUUCAGACUGCACUUGAUAGUCUCCCCAGUAAUUUACCCAACCUGGGAUGCCAUAACGAAGACGAUGACGAGGAUAAUGAUGAUAAUGACGAUUAUGAUGAUGAUGAUGAUGAUGAUGAUGAUGAAGAGAAUGAAGAGGAUGAAAGUGAUACACAAGGAAGGAAGAGGUCAAACUCUUCCCCACCAGAUCCCAGUCAGGCCAUUCGCUAUGUGCAUGCAAAUUACACUCAAGAUCAGCAGGCAACAGUUAAACGAGCUCUGACUGCUGCGAUUAUUACAAAGUCUGAACACCUUUCAUUUACUAGGUGUGGAAUGACAGAGUUACAAGAGAGCCAGGGGGUCUUGGAUCAGAGAAUAAAAAAGUUGUCAGAAAUCCAAGGAAACAAAGCGUUUGCAAGACCUCAUUAUCAUUUGUAUAGAGCUGGACUAAGAAGGCAUUCAUUAAAUGGAUCAUCAGGUGCACACAAAGGCUCCUUGAGAACAAAUCAACCAUCUUGUUCCUUACCAAUCUUAGGAACCCAUUCACCAAAACGCCACUCUGUCAGAAGGUUAAUUCAUACCUUUAGCCAAGGAGUUGAUACGAGACCUGGGCAGAGUCUUGCUAAUAUUCCACCUCAUAUCAGGAAGCCCAGGAAAAGUGGGAUUCUUCAGUUAUCUGACACAGUAAAUGGCAAGGAAGAAAGUUCAGUAAUCAGUGGCAACAACAACAACAGCUGGCCUGAUAGCAGGGAUGAGUUGGAUGUGGACAACCUACCACCUCCACCCCCAGAGGUCCUGAUGGACGAUUCCUUCCAGAGUACUCAGGUCCUACCAGGAACUGAGGAGGGGUUGCAGGAAGUUUCAUUCAUUCCACCAGUAAUAAACCAAAAGACUGGAGUCUCCCAUCGCCUGAAGGCAUCCAUUCACAAUGUGGAAGUGUUGCCAAACCGAGUAUGUAUGAGGCCAAAGACGACCGCUGCCUCUCCUGCCCAUCCUGUUAGGCAGGAUGCUGUUACAGGAGCUCAGGAUGUGGAUCAGCAACCAGAAGCAGAUCUGGACAUGGAAAUGAAGAAAACUAACAAUCUCUACCAGAAGGCAUGUAAGAUUAUUCACCUGCGUGAUGCAGCAGAAUCUUCUGAGAAGAUCAACAUUGUUGAACCAGGCAGCAGAGCAAGUUCUCCUCUUCAAGCCACAAUAGGCAGAAGAUGUAACAGCAAUGAAUUUUAUGAGGGUGAAAUAUCUUCUUGCAGUGUAACUGUAAUAGCCCCACCCGUCUCCAGAGUCCGACUUCCACCAUCUUGUCCCACCACGUGCAAAAGAUUUCCAAGUCCCCCUGCAUUUAGACCUCAGUCCACUUCUAGGCCCUCAUCUCGCCCUAAUUCUCCCAGAAUAGUAACACAUGCUACAGAUAACAAAACAGAAGAAAUCAUUCCAUCUGUAUCCUUUCGGGCUGCACGCUCAGUUUUCUGUCAAAAUGAGUUUCAAAACUCAAAGGCCUUUGGAAGUUCUGUGCUUCCCAGAAUAGGGGGAGAGGUCUCCCGGGGCAGACUAUCCACCCGAGGAACAGACAGCUCUGCUCGCCGCACCCAAUCAGACCAUCGGCCUAGAGGGACUUUGCAUUCGGAGUUUCUCAAAGAUGACACUUUGGCCUCUGUGCAGGACAAGGGGAGUGAACCUACUGUCACAAAAUAUAGGCUGGGAAACCCUCUGAUGACAGGAGAUGAUAAGAUGGAUGCAAGUGCCAAUGUUAUGACAGCCUGAAGUCCAACUGUGACUGGCCAGGGUUUCUAAAGUAAAAUAUGAGUUGGGAAGAGAAAAAUGAAAGAAGUUUGUAUAAGUAGGAUUGUGAGGUUUGUCUCCUUUCUCUUUCACUGGUUUUCCAAUGUCCAGUAUCUUUUUCUUAGAAUGGGUUUCAGAUACAUUUAUGAUUAAUACAAGUCAUUAAGAGUUUAAGCAUUUUUUUGUUUUAAACAUUGUCAAAAUCUUUGUGUAGGGUAUACCUAAUUUAUACUGAAUGCUGAGUAAUAAAUCUUAAAUAUUAUUAAAUCUAAAGAUACAUGUAUUUAUCUUAUUAAAACAUAUAUACUUUUACAUCCCAAAAUACCUGGAGGUUGUUUUUGGUUGCUAUACCAAAAGUAAGAGACUACUUUAAUUACUAUGAUCAUCACAUGCACUCUUUUUAAAAGUAUGUAUCCAAUUUUGUGUUUGUUUGGUUUAUAUUAGCUUACCUUUGGCAUUACCAAUGUUUUCUACCUCAACAGUAUCCAAAUAAAGGAGAAAAAUCAAAA